AUGGCGGUUUCUCUGGCGUUGUUGGGCCUGGGCUCGAAGUAUCUGGACCAAUGCCAGGAUGAUAAGCCCGUUUGGGCUAUUGUUCUGUGCAUCGUGGCGGUUUGUGCUGAUGUGUCGUUCUUCUCGAUUGGGCUUGGGCCCAUCACGUGGGUGUACUCGUCGGAGAUUUUUCCGAUGAGGUUGCGUGCUCAAGGGUCCAGUUUGGCGAUCUCCGUCAACAGGCUGGUGAGCGGGGUGGUGGCGAUGACGUUCCUGAGCGUCUCCGAAGCGAUGUCGUUUGGAGGGAUGUUCUUGGCGCUCUCCGGGGUUAUGGUGAUGGCGUCGGUUUUCUUCUACUGUUACUUGCCGGAGACGAAAGGGAAGACGUUGGAGGAGAUUGGGCUUCUGUUUGAGGAUCAAGAUGAUGAGAGUCGAAGGCUCUUUGUUUCUUGA